AUGAGAAGCUUCUCCUUCAAAUCCAACAACACACGAAAGAUUUCAGUACAGCUGAAUCCCACUCGCACCGAAGAAUACACACUCUCUCUGGAUCAACCCAUUGAUGAUCUCCUAAAAGAAAUUGCCACACGACACAAUCUCGGAUCAUCCGUAUCAUCCUCAUCCUCUCUCAUCAAAGCACCCACCACACAAAAUUGCGAACUUCACGUCACUAACUUUAAAUCUCGUAAAGUUGUGUGGGGUACUUUGGUGAAGAAUUUACUCAAAGAACAAUAUCAAGUCACUCUCGAACCUCCUUUCUAUUUGAAUAAUUCAUCGGAGACGCCAUCCUCCUCACAAACGUCCUUGACUUCUCCAGGUCGUUCCGGAAGUGUGGCUGCUGUCAACAAAACAUCACCUGGUAAUUCCUAUUCUUCCUCAAACUCGAGUAAUAAUGCUGGUGCUGUUCCCAUCAAUGCCAACUUGUCAAAUAUUCUUCUUGCCGCGAAUGAGCAACAACAACAACAAUCCACAAGUACUUCAUCAUCCACUGCUAAAAAUGUUUCGGAUUCAGUCGAUCAAUUGGUCGAUGAAAUUACACUCUCUCCAAAGAAGAAAGAAGGAACAUCAUCUUCCACCGUUUCAACAACAACAACAACAACAACAGAAAACAAUUCAUCACUAGUAGUACCUUCACCCAUACAAACAUCCACCACCGAAAAACCCAAAGUUGGACUUCACUUGUUGUUGAAUAAAUUGGCCAAUAAGGAGACAACGAACACGGCACCAAGUACUCUCGAUCCUGCCACUGCCAGAGGAAUGAGUAUCAUGAGAAUUUCAACAAGUUCUCCAAUUUUAUUUGGUGGUUUGUUGGAGAAUCACUUCCCGAAUGGAACUUCAAUUUCUGUGAGUAGUAUUCCACCUAUUCUUGAGAAAAUGCUCUCCUAUUUGAAACAAGACAGAAUUCAGAGAACUCCGGGAAUUUUCAGAUUGACUGGAUCGGCUGUCGAAAAGGAAAGAUUUAUUCAAAUGUUAAAUGAGGCUCAAUCAAAAGGCGGAGAUUUGACACCUGUCGUUUUUCCAAACUCGAUUGAUCCAAAUGUGGUGUGUAAUUUAUUGGUGGAAUAUUUUAACAAGUUGGAUCGGGCAUUGUUUGAACCUUUUCAUCGAUUUGUGGAAAUUAAUGAAAUGACCAACGAUGCCGAACGUGUGGCUGCAUUGAAAAAGGUCAUCGAUGAAAUGCAUCCAAUUUAUAGAAAUGUUAUUAGAGAUUUUUUCUAUUUCCUUGUUCAAAUUCUUCUUUACAAGGAAGAGAAUCGUUUAAGUGUCAAAUCAUUAUCUGUAGUUUUAGGUCCUGCUCUUCUUCGUGGUAAAUUAAAGGAUGAUGACGAAGCUGCCAAGGCCGUUGAUAUUAAUAAUAGCAAGAAGAAUGCACCAGUGAAUGCAACCAUCCUCAUUUCCACACGUCAAUUAUCACAAAAGAUGGUUGAAUUUUAUAUUCACACUGUUGGACAAGUCAUUGAAAGUUAUAACUCUAUAUUUGACGAAGAGGAAUUGACUGACUUGCACAAAUUGCAUCACAAGAAACCUAAAAAAUCAGACUCUUCAUCCAGUUCCAACACAAACAAGACAUUGGAUGCAUUCAUUCAAAAAUUGCAAGAACACAAACAACGUGCAGGAAACUCGAUGAGUGCUGUGAAACGUCACGGAGAGUCCACAACCUCAACAACUGAUAUACUCUCCAGCACACCGAGAGAACCAAAAAAACCAACCACAAAGAACGAUGAAGAAUGGGAAAAUAUUCAAAAAUCUUGGAUGCAAUUUGUUGAGAGUUGGAAAAAGAAGUACAGUGACGAACAAAAAGCUCACGAAGAGACUGCAGAAAAUAUAAAAAUUACAAAACAAGAGAUUGAAUUUGAGAGAAAGCAAAUGAAGGAAGAACUGAACAAGAUGAGAGAUCAACUCGAUGAAAAGAAACGUUUCAUUCAACAAAAAAGAUCCGAAUGGGAACUUCAAAAAGAACAAAUUCAACUCAAUUGGGAAAAUGAAAAGGUAGAUCUCGAGAAGGAAAAAACACUUCGAUCCAAAGAAAUACAAGAAAUCAGAGAGCAAUUCAAGCAAACACUUGAAUAUUAUAAUAUCAAAGAUUUCCAAAUUGAUUCCAUUAUGGGUGAUGAAGAUGACGAUGCAGUCACAAGAGCAGUCAUCAAUGCCCAAGCCGAAAACACCAGCGGUGACUCUUCCGCCACAGGUGAGACACUCACGACUAGUCCAGCAACCACCAAUAGAAGUGCUUCUCGUUCAGUGAUUGGACAGAAAAUUUCUGUCGAUUCUCGUUUCAAAAAGAAACUCUCUGACGCUUCCUCUUCUGAUCAGAAAAAGAAUCACAAACAACAUGGUGACGACGAAGAUUCUGAAGACUCUGAAGAUAGUGAGGACGAUACUGCCACAACCAACACCACAACAACAACAACUGCUGGUAAAAGAUCAAGCAAUGCUCUCUUCACCGAUUUAGAAGACAAGACUCCACAAUCCUCUUUCGGUGCUUCUCCCUCUAAAAACAUCUUUCUUCCAAAAGAUAAAACAAAUGCAAGUUCUGAAGAGGACGACGAUGAUCCAGCUCACACCAAACGUUGUGCAGCUUGUAAAAAGAAAAUUACUGGAGAAUAUAUGGAAACAUCAGAUGGCUACUAUCACAAACCAUGUUUUACUUGCUGCAAUUGCUCUAAAGAAAUUGUAGGACCUUUUGCGACAGUGGCAGGAAAAUUCUGGUGUGCCACUUGUAUUCAAAAUAAGAACAAACAUGUCAAGUAUCAAACAAAGGAUGAAAAUGCAGAAAAGAAAUCCAAACCUGCUGCUGCCAGUAGUGGAGAUUUGGAAUGUUCUGCUUGUAAGGAAAAAAUUGUCAAUAAGGCAGAUAUGGUGAAGGCACUUGGAAAGUGUUUCCAUAAACAAUGCUUCUUGUGUCAGAGAUGUGGCAAUGAAUUUGAGAAUAUGAAAUUCUAUGAUUUGAUGGGUGAUCCAGUGUGUGCAAAUUGUAAGCGAAAAUCCAUCAAAUCAAAAGUUGUGAAAUAA